CAUUAUCCUCGUUCUUGAAAAGUCAUGGAAGACGGCCCGCUGCCAGACCUCAGAGACAUCGAGCUGAAGCUAGGGCGCAAAGUACCCGAGAGCCUAGUGCGCUCGCUCCGUGGGGAGGAGCCGGUUCCCCUGGAAAGGGACAGGGACCCCUGCGGGGGGAGCGGCGGCGGCGGCGGCGGCUGCAGUAGCAGCAGCAGCAGCAGCUGCAGCCUCCCCCCCUCCCUGUCGUCGUCCUCCUCGUCCUCUCCAACCUCUGGCUCCCCACGUCGUAGCCACUGCAGCGCCCUGGAGAGGCUGGAAACCAAGCUGCACUUCCUCAGGCGAGAGAUGGUUAACCUCAGAGCCACAGAUGUGAGGCUCAUGCGCCAGUUGCUUGUUAUCAACGAGAGCAUUGAGUCCAUCAAGUGGAUGAUUGAAGAGAAGGCCACCAUUACCAGCCGAGGAAGCAGUCUCAGUGGCAGCCUGUGCAGUUUAUUGGAGAGUCAGAGCACCUCCUUACGUGGCAGCUACAAUAGCCUGCAUGAUGGCAGUGAUGGGCUGGAUGGCAUCUCUGUGGGGAGCUUUCUGGACACGCUGGCAGAUGAUGUCCCAGGCCAUCAGACCCCAUCAGACUUGGACCAAUUCAGUGACAGCUCCAUAAUAGAGGACUCACAAGCACUGCACAAGCACCCCAAACUGGAUUCUGAAUACUACUGCUUUGGCUGAUGACCCAGUUUUUUGCAUGGGAUUGGUGUGCAAUUAACUUGUAUUUAUCCUUCUUCUCCGCUGCUAUCUUUUUGGUGUGAUUUUAUAUAUAUAUAUAUAUAUAUAUAUAUAUAUAUAUAUAUGACAACCUUUUUAAAAGAAGCUUAUUUUGAAACUGCUUGAUGAUCAUUCUGUUGCUCCUAAUGUUUCUCAUCUGGACUGAUUGAUCUUUCUCUCGUACAUCUCUAUUUUUAUUUAUUACAAUGAUUUUUCUCCCUUCUUUACAGUGGCACAAGUAAAGUGGGGGGAAAAAGAAUGAGCAAUAAUUCU